AUGACUUGCAUUCAGAACCAACGCAUUUACACCCUUAGAAACUGUCAGGGGGGAACUGUCAUCGACCUCUCUGGUGGAGACAACUACUCCAUGAUCGGUUAUCGCGACCACAAUGGUCCCAACCAGGCGUGGAUCUUCCACCAUAAUGAUGAUGAUGACACCUGGUCCAUCAAGUCUGUCGGAGCUGAUAAAUAUCUUGGGAUCGACGGCGAUGUCAACGAUGCUGGUAAUGGCACCAGGGUUGUCGCUGUCUCGUUCCCUUUCAAGUGGGACAUCAAAAACUCUGACAUUCAAGGCGUCGAAGGCAUCAGGAUAUUGCUCCAUGGACAUAAAUUCAGCGUAGACCUGUCCGAUAACGGAAAUGCGACAGAAGGCACACCAAUUCAGCUUUGGACUAGGUGGCAUGGUGCCAAUCAGAUCUGGGCACCUGUCGAGCGUAAAUGGUGUAGCGUAAAAGAGCAGAACUCCUAUGCACUGUGA